UAACCAACUUUGAUAUACUCUCAAAUUGCCAACAAAAAUUGUAAAACAGAAAAAAAACAAAUCUUUCCUUUUGUAAAGCAAGGCACAGAAGAAGUAGGAAAUCCUAAUACAAAUAAAACUCAGACAGGAACCGCAUCUUUCUGAGUCUAUAUAAAUAUAUAGCUUCAGGCUGAGAAACAUAAGUUAUAAUUCUCGUCUCCAUAGCAAUUACAGUAGCAGCCAGCAAAGAAAAGAAACAUGGGGAAGUUGGGUGGAGAAACAUUGGCCACUGUAGGUUCUAGCAUCCCUGCCCUAAUGUUUACAUGUGCAACUUUUAAACAGUUCUUCCCUCAUACUGUCAAAAUCAAGCUUGAAAUUUGGUGGGAUAAAUUGGUUCACUGGUUGUUUCCUGAAGUGCAAAUCACAUUCAAUGAGUACGGCUCGAGCUUGUACAACCGUAGCGUGGCUUACGAUACGGUAGAGAGCUACCUGUGUUCCAAAUCUGUAGCACAAGCUGCAAGACUCAAGGCAGUAUCUGUGAAGAAAGACCAACCUCUUGUUCUUGCCAUGGAUGACUAUGAGGAGGUUCAUGAUGAGUUUCAAGGUAUCAAGGUUAGUUGGUAUAGAGGAAAAGAAUCCACUGAUCUUCUAACCAACUCAAUUUAUCCUAGCCAAACCAACUCAAUUUAUUCUAGGCAACGUGCUCCUGAGUCUAGGUACUACCAACUUACCUUCCCUGAGAAACACCGCGAAUUCGUUACAGGAAAGUACUUAAAGCAUGUGAUGCAGGAGGGUAAGGCUCUUAAAAAAGGUAGGCGUUUCCGAAGGCUUUAUAUGAAGAAUCCAUCAGAUGGUUUCUGGGAUUAUGCAAUUUUUCAGCAUCCAUCUACCUUUGAUACUUAUGCUAUGGAUGCCAAGAGGAAAAAGGCUAUAAUCAAUGAUCUUAUCACUUUUAGCCGGGCUAAAGACUAUUACGCAAAGAUUGGAAAGGUUUGGAAGCGGGGCUAUUUGCUUUAUGGUCCACCAGGAACAGGCAAAUCCACCAUGAUAGCUGCCAUGUCUAAUCUUUUAGGCUAUGACAUCUAUGAUCUUGAGUUGACAACAAUUAAGGACAAUGCAGAGUUAAAGACCCUUUUGAUUAAUACAAAAAGUAAAUCUAUUAUUGUUGUUGAAGACAUAGAUUGUUCACUUGAUUUUACAGGAAAACGCAAAGAGACAGAUGAAGAGAAAAAGGAAAAGGCUAAUUAUGGUGAAAGCAAGGUUACAUUAUCUGGUUUUUUGAAUUUUGUUGACGGAAUUUGGUCUGCUUGUGAAGGGGAAAGAAUCUUUGUAUUUACAACUAAUCAUGUUGAAAAACUUGAUCCGGCUUUGAUUCGAAGAGGAAGGAUGGAUAUGCACAUUGAGUUAUCGUAUUGCUGCUUUGAAGCAUUCAAGGUCUUGGCAAGGAAUUAUUGGAACAUUGAUUCACAUCCUUUGUUUGAGAAGAUUAAACAGUUGUUCAGUGAAGUAAACAUGACACCAGCUGAUGUUGCAGAAAAUUUGAUGCCUAAGACCUUGGGAGGAGACGUAAUUACAAGCCUGGAAACCCUGAUUCAGGCACUCGAAACCGUCAAGGAAGGAGCCGGUGCGAAGACCAAGGAAGAAGCUAAGGUCGAUGCUGAAGAGGAAGAGGCCAAGAAGGAAGAAGAAGAAGAAGAAGUAUAAGUAACAGUUCUAGGAACUCAGUUCCCAUCAGUGGCUUCAUCUAACUUGUUUUUUUUUUUUUUUUAGUUAAUUAUUUCAUGCUUUGUUUCCACCUUUUUUUUUUCUUGACAUUGUUGUUUCCAACAAUUUGAAUGUCGAGCUUUAAGAGAUUCA